AGUGCACUUUAUGUGUAUAAGCUCUAUUCUAUGCGAAAAAGAUUCUGGAGCUUAAGUUCAUGCAAGUUCAUAAAGUUGAUAAAGAUUGAAUGGAUUGGAGUACACGGUUUGCCGUGUUUUAUCACGGGAAAACAUGAAGAUGAGAGCACCCUCGUGAUAAUUUGCGGCGCAACUCACGCAUCGGAACGUCAACGACGUCAACAUCAACAAACGUCCGAUGUUCCGUGACAGGCAUCCACGCUGACGCGAUAACAACUUAUUGGAGCCAGUCGAAUUCAGUGAUAACUUUCUUGUUAUCUAUCUGACUGUUCGGAAGAAGCGAACGAAAGAAAACCACAGCAUUAGAGGAUCUGCUGCAGGCACAUUUGAGACCUGUGGUGGUUGGUGAAUGGUGUUGCAGAUAGAUUCCGUGUGGGGCUGGGCGUCACCCCCCCUGCGCCUCCAGCUAGCCGGGGGGACUAGGGGUGCCUCGGGGAGAACGGCUGCAGGAGCUCCAUCCUCUCAGAGGAUGGGUGAAAUAGUUGUGGAACGCGCUCCAUCUCCAGCACGCCUUAGUCAUACUUCUGAGAAACAUCCUCGUGCGACCCUAACUGAGCUCAAUGUUCUUCGCCGUCAUCGGGAACUAUGUGAUGUUGUCCUCAAUGUUGGCUCUAGAAAGAUAUUUGCACAUCGUGUCAUUCUUUCAGCAUGUAGUCCAUACUUCAGGGCAAUGUUUACUGGGGAGUUGGCGGAAUCUAGACAAACUGAAGUGACGAUACGUGACAUAGACGAAAUGGCUAUGGAAUUACUUAUAGACUUCUGUUACACUUCUCAUAUUAUCGUCGAAGAAGCAAAUGUUCAAACUCUCCUUCCAGCAGCGUGCCUUCUUCAAUUAGCAGAAAUUCAAGAUAUAUGUUGUGAAUUUCUCAAACGCCAAUUAGAUCCAUCAAAUUGUUUGGGUAUUCGUGCUUUUGCAGAUACGCAUUCGUGUCGGGAACUUCUGCGUAUUGCCGAUAAGUUUACUCAACAUAAUUUUCAAGAAGUAAUGGAAAGCGAGGAAUUUCUGUUACUACCUGUUGGACAACUAGUGGACAUUAUUUCAUCGGACGAAUUGAAUGUACGUACGGAGGAGCAAGUUUUUAGCGCCGUGAUGAAUUGGGUCAAAUACAACGUUACGGAAAGACGACAGCAUCUGGCUCAAGUUCUGCAGCACGUGAGAUUACCACUACUUAGUCCAAAGUUUUUAGUUGGCACCGUUGGUUCUGAUCUUUUGGUUCGUUCUGAUGAUGCUUGCCGAGAUUUAGUGGACGAGGCGAAAAAUUAUCUACUUUUGCCACAAGAAAGACCAUUGAUGCAAGGACCUAGAACAAGACCUAGAAAACCUACGAGAAGAGGUGAAGUGUUGUUUGCUGUUGGUGGAUGGUGUUCAGGUGAUGCCAUUGCUAGUGUUGAGAGGUUUGAUCCUAAUACUGUUGACUGGAAAAUGGUGGCACCGAUGAGCAAACGAAGAUGCGGAGUAGGCGUAGCGGUAUUAAAUGAUUUGUUGUACGCGGUCGGAGGACACGACGGACAAAGCUACUUAAAUAGCAUCGAGCGGUAUGAUCCACAAACAAAUCAAUGGUCCUGCGACGUUGCCCCUACUACAUCUUGCAGAACUAGUGUAGGUGUUGCAGUGUUAGAUGGAUUUCUAUAUGCUGUUGGUGGUCAGGAUGGAGUGCAAUGCCUUAAUCAUGUGGAAAGAUAUGAUCCUAAAGAAAACAAAUGGUCUAAAGUGUCGCCAAUGACUACUAGAAGAUUGGGAGUAGCGGUUGCUGUACUCGGAGGUUAUUUAUAUGCCAUCGGCGGGUCUGAUGGACAAUCACCCCUCAACACAGUAGAAAGAUACGAUCCAAGACAGAACAAGUGGUCCCAAGUAUCUCCGAUGUCUACGAGACGUAAACAUCUAGGCUGUGCUGUAUUUAAUAAUCUAAUUUAUGCUGUGGGAGGACGAGAUGAUUGUAUGGAGCUCUCCAGCGCGGAACGUUAUAAUCCUCAUACGAAUUCAUGGAGUCCCAUAGUAGCAAUGACAUCUAGAAGAAGCGGAGUGGGUCUAGCAGUAGUAAACGGUCAAUUGUAUGCUGUAGGCGGAUUCGACGGGACUGCGUAUUUGAAAACAAUUGAAGUAUACGAUCCAGAACAAAACCAAUGGAAACUAUGUGGUUGUAUGAAUUACAGGAGACUUGGUGGAGGCGUGGGAGUGAUGCGAGCUCCACAAACAGAAAAUUACAUUUGGUAGCUCAGGCCCCCCUCUUCAGCCCAAAUGGCUGAAACUCCUCUAACUUCUUUUACACCAAUAACUCCGGUUACGCCUGUAACUCCUCCCGCUCCAGUAUCGGUUCCUGUUAUAACGAAUACUAGAAAACGCUACCGUCGAUCAAUGAGCAUUAUAUAAGUAAUAUAUACAUUUUUGUGUAUAUAUAAAGACUUAGCGCGCCUUUCUAAAGUUCUAUGAAAGCAUUCCGCGUCGACUUUUGAUGUUUAAUUUAUUUUCUUAUUCUUUCUCUCGAGUCGAUUAAAACUAAAACAAAGAACUCGAUCGGUUUAGUCAUUGCCGAAAUAUGAAAAUCCUAAAUUCUCAAUUCUCGAACUCGCGUAUAUAGAGCCAUAGAGUUUCCCAUGCUGUGCGCGUGCGAUUUUUUUCCGUUGCGCGGAAAAAUUGUAAACUUGGCGCGACUAUCGUAUCUUUUAAUUCUUUGAAAUGUCCUUUCGCUCAAACAACCACACAGAUCGAUGAAAUUGCGGAUAUUUUGUCGACAUACUGCCGUUAGUUUUCAUUUCAUGUGUUUUGUCAAUUUAUAUAUUUUAUAUACAUUAUCAUCAUUAUGUUGCUUAUAUUUAUAAAAUUCGUCAGUGUGGUAUUUGUAUUUAAUUAUGUGAUAUACACAUACUCCAACUAUUUUAGAUUUAAAUGUAUGGAGCCUUAAAACUCCUGAGUACUUGUUCCAGCCACAUUGAAUUAUGACAUCAGAAGUGAGAGAUUAUACAAAUUUUUUGUGUCAAAAUGCAAUUUAUAUUAAAAUAAAUAUCUACAGACAGAUAAAAAG